GGCUGGUCUGCUAGACCCACUGGACGCUUCCGUCUGUCAGAAGUUUUGUUUACGUUUUGACAGCGAGACGGUUACGGGUUACACACUUGCUUCAAGUCCGUAAGACAGUUAGAAGGGCAAGACAAAUUAUCUGAGUUGUGAAGUGGGAAAAUCAUGCUUGCCAAGAGCGAGGAUCCAGUGUCGGGGCCUUCCCGGAGUAAGGAUGUCCCCAAUCAGGGCCUGUCUUGUACAGACAGGAUAAAGGCCCAAGGAGUUACUCUCAUGGAUUCCAUCAAGAAGGGUCUGUUUGUGGUAGGCAGUGCUCUCAUAGUUUUCUCUGCGUUCAGAAACUCUGUAACAUGGCACCUGCAGAACGUGUGGGGAGCAUCAGGACAUUUCUGGCAGAGUAUCUGGGACUCGACCUAUCACCUGUUUGGUGAUAACAACGUAUUGCUGGGAACUUUAGGGACUACCGUAUUCACCUUCGUUGUUUUCUGGGCCGGAAACAUUUUGCUGCUGAUACUGGACACAACAGGCUGGCCUGGAUUUCUGCUGAAGUACAAAAUACAGGAGGAUCAGAAUGUCCCCGUUGAUAGAAAGAAGCUGAUGAAAGCUGUGAAGGUUGUGCUCUUUAAUCAAAUCAUUGUGGGGAUACCAUUCUGCUACACGUUCACUCGCUUCAUGAUAUGGCGGGGUUGUCAAUUCCACGGAGGACUCCCAACCUUCACCUGGGUCAUUAUGGAGCUCAUCAUCUUCUCCCUCGUAGAAGAAGUCGGCUUCUACUACAGUCACAGGCUGUUCCACCACCCAAAGCUGUACCGCUUCAUCCACAAACGCCACCAUGAGUGGACCGCCCCUAUUGGGAUCAUAGCACUGUAUUCCCACCCUGUGGAGCACUGCCUCAGCAACCUUGCCCCCAUCGCACUUGGCCCUCUUCUGAUGGGCUCUCACGUAGCUACAGCCUGGAUGUGGUUUGCCCUUGCUCUUUGGUCUACUACAGUAUCACACAGUGGGUAUCAUUUCCCUGGACUACCAUCACCUGAGGCUCAUGACUUCCAUCACUUAAAGUUUACAAACAACUUUGGCGUCUUGGGAGUCCUUGAUCGUCUUCACGGCACCGACAACCAGUUCCGUGAGCACAUCGCAUACAAACGUCACAUCCUGUCUCUGAGCUCAGUUCCCAUGUCACAGCAGUUCCCAAAUCCCACACAUGUCAAGGGCAAGUAAUUCUGAGGAAGCUUCUCAAGCCACGAUCAUCAGAUGUGUUAUUCAAAUCACUCUACGUUUGUGGUUCGUGUUAUUGCUAUUUCUUGAAAAGUACUGAAUUAAUACUUCUCAAACUUGAUUUGUAAGUGUCGCUUGGUCGCUUGUGUCCUCAUUUAAUUUCGAGCCAUGUUUGAUAUCAUGAUUAUUGCUUGUUAUCCCUAUUUCGUUAGAUGUAACGGAGGGAUAUAUCUCAAUCUUGAAUUUUUACUCAUAUUUGGAAAAUAAAAUGGCCGACCUGCAGCCAUCUUGGAUGUUAGUUGAAAUAUAUUACCGCUAGUUCUUGAUUGAUAUUUAUCAGAUUUCUGGUGUAAGUUCUCAAGUUAAGAGAAAAAGAUGAGAAAAGUAGAGAAAUAUGUGUCUUACAUAGAUUGAGUACCAAUCAUUCAAUGGUUGGUGACAUGAUCCCUCUAGGAUCUCUUAAUAUUCUUUUGUGCAUUUUACAAUUUUGGGACCGAUCAGAAGUAAUACUUUGUAAAUACAACAUAGAUCAGGUAAUAUUUUAUAGAAGAGAGGUUAGAUCAGAUAAUGUUUUAUAGAAGAGAGGGUAGAAAAAGUGCCGGCUAGGCAAGGCUUUGUUGGUUUUAAAGUUGUGAUAAUUUGUAUGUUCUUUCUUAUCUACUAUACCUGGAAAAUUCUCCAUGGAUCUUCGUCGGAUUUCAUCGUUAAGAGGAACAGAGAAAUUACUAGUCUUACUUAGACCCCGUGUUUUAAUGAUGGGCGCCAGAUCCUUCAGAUUUCUUGUGUCUUGGGUACAAUAUUCCUGUCUCAAAGCUAUGAAACAAUAUUCUAGUUAUAUAUUUGGAACAAGAUCAUAUUUAUUUUGUAUAAUCAUAUGCAGCUGGUACAAAUGUAGACAUAAAAUUUAGUCAUGUUUAUUUUUAUGUCAACUCUACUGGGAUUUACAGCUGGCGACAAAACAAUAUUUUAUGGUAACAUAUGUAAUUAAAAUGAUUGAACUCUAUAUUAUUUCUCUCAAAAUUGCAUAUAUGUGUUAUUAGAAAUUGUAAUAUGGUUGCAAAUAAAAAAAGAAAAUUGACAUAA